CCAUUUUCUUACUUGGUUCGGAUAAAGCACAAUUUCAAAAUCUUAAAAACCAGAUAGGAUUUUUCUUUUCUUACAGAAAAUGGAUAAACCCUUCCAUUAAUCAAAAGCCCAAAAAUGUCUUCUUCAUCAAUUCUUCUUCAUCAUCUUCUCCUUCUUCCAAACUCACUUCAAAAAUCCCAAAAAACCCUUUCCAAAUUCAACACAACAACCUCAAAACGACACAUCAAAACCCCAAAUGCCUCUUCCACAACAGAAUUACAAUCCACAACCUCAAAACGACGCAACAAAAAAAACCAACCUCAAAACGACACAACAGAACCUCAAAACGCAGAAUCAGAUUUAGAAGACUACGACGAUGGAAUCGAUUUCCCAUACGAGGAACCACCUUUAGUAUGUUGUUUUGGAGCAGCACAGAGGGAAUUUCUCCCUACUGUGCGUGUGCAGGAGUUUCCAAUGGACCCUGAUAUUUACUCAGAAUGGAAAAUGUUACAAUGGAAGCCGCCCGAGUUCGCUCGAGCACCUGGUGGGCCACCGUCCAACGUGGCAGUGGCCCAUGUUAGGCUCGGUGGACGGGCGGCUUUGUUGGGGAAAGUUGGAGAUGAUGAGUUUGGGGAAGAUAUUGUUUUGGGGUUGAAUAAGGAGAAAGUGCAGACUAGAGGAGUGAAAUUCGAUUCGGGGUUUAGAACUGGGUGUAGUUAUAUGAAGGUGAAGUUUGAAGAUGGGAAGAUGAAGAUGGAGACUGUUAAAGAAUCUGCUGAGGAUGCUCUUCGUAGUGAUGAAUUGAAUCUUGCUGUUCUAAAAGAGGCGAGGGUUUUCCAUUUCAAUUCAGAAGUUCUAACGUCUCCUUCUAUGGAAUCAACUCUUUACAAAGCAAUUAAGUGGUUUAAAAAGUUUGGCGGCCUUGUGUUUUUCGAUUUAAACUUGCCAUUACCACUGUGGAGAUCACGUGACGAGACUCGAGAAAUAAUCAAAAAAUCAUGGCAAGAAGCAGACGUCAUUGAAGUGUCAAGAACCGAGCUAGAAUUCCUUCUAGACGAAGAACAUUUUGUGAGGAAGAGAAAUUAUAGGCCACAAUACUACGCUGAAGAUUUCGAACACACCAAGAAUCAUCAAGAGUAUUACCAUUACACUGCCGAGGAAAUCGCGCCUUUGUGGCAUGAUAAACUUAAAUUCCUGUUUGUGACUGAUGGAACACUUAGAAUUCACUAUUAUACCCCUUCUUUUGACGGGGUUGUGGUUGGAACAGAAGACGUGCUCAUAACUCCAUAUACUUGCGAUAGAACCGGCUCGGGCGAUGCGAUUGUGGCUGCUAUUAUAAGAAAACUAACCACUUGCCCGGAAAUGUUCGAUAACCAAGAUGUUUUGGACAGACAGCUACGUUUCGUUGUUGCAGCUGGAAUUAUAUCGCAAUGGACCAUUGGUGGCAUUAGAGGUCUUCCUACUGAAAAUGCUGCUCAGAAUCUGAAAGAACAAGUUUGGGUACCUUCUAUGUGGUGAUAAAAAUUGUUUGUGCAAUUAGAAUAGAACUUAGCAGUGUCAUGGGCAUUAGUUGGUAGGUAAAUGUCUCAUUAUUUAUUUAUACGUCCUUUCUAGGAGUGUUUGUUUCAUCUCAAAUAGGAGCAAGGUAGAAGAACACAAUCAAGAUUUUGCAGAAAUUGUUUACUUUAGCUCCAACUCAUUUCAUCCAAAAACUACUUCUGAAUAGUAGUAGGUGGAGGGUGUGGAUUCAAAACUUUGUAGUAGUUGAGAAUUGAAAUGUUAAUGUACACUAUUUUUGUAA